AUGGCCCAACUUCCACUCCCGACUCGGAGCAAAUUUCUCGAACGUUAUCCUGAUCAUGUGCAGUAUAUUCGAAAUCCAACACAUGUCGCUGAACUUCCAUACCUGAGACGAUGCGAAGCUCUCGAAUGUCGUCAUAAUCGUGUGCAGUGUGUCCAUGGAUCAAGCUCUUCUGAGCUUCGUACACCAGUUUUCAAUGGAGAAAACUAUGAGUUUUGGAGCAUUCGAAUGAAGACCAUUCUGAAAUCUCAUGGACUGUGGGAUUUGGUUGAAAAUGGUUUUGAUGCUUCAGAUCCAGAGAAAAAGAAAGGAAAGGAAGAAGGAUCUAAAGCUGCUGAAGAAGAGAAGUCUACAUCGGCUGAGAUUUUGAUGAAAGAUGCUCGUGCACUUGGACUGAUCCAAGGUGCAGUCUCAGACCAAAUUUUUCCCAGAAUAGUGAAUGAAGAAACCUCAAAAGGUGCAUGGGAUAUUCUGAAGCAGGAGUUUAGAGGCGAUAAACAGGUACGAAGUGUGAAGCUACAAGGCUUACGUAGAGAGUUUGAAUACACUCGUAUGAAGGAUAGUGAGUCAUUCUCUAGUUAUGUUGCUAAACUGUUUGAUCUAAUUAAUCAAAUGAAAAGUUAUGGUGAAGAGUUACCUAGAGAAAGAGUUGUGCAGAAAUUGCUUAUUAGCUUGCCUAGAUCUUAUGACUCUAUAUGUUCUGUGAUUGAGCAUUCAAAGGAUCUUGACACUCUUGAAAUUCAAGAAGUGGUUGCAUCUCUCAAGAACUUUGAACUCAGGUUGGAUAGGCACACUGAAAAUUCCACAGAAAAGGCUUUUACUAGCCUGAACAUAGAGAGUAAAAACUCUAAGAAUGGAAGUUCUUCUGGAGGUAACAAGUCUCAGAGGAACUGGAAGGAAAAUGGGAAGAAUUGGAAUAACAAGUCCAAUUCUAAUCCCAAACCAAAUGCAUCAAAUGAUGGAACUAAAACACCUUGCAAGCACUGUGAAAAACUGCACUAUGGCAAGUGCUGGUUUGAAGGAAAACCAAAAUGCAGAGGAUGUGGAAAGUUUGGUCACAUGGUUAGAAAUUGCCAUGAAAAUCAAUCUGUGCAGAAAGUGAAUUAUGCCAAUCAGGUUGAAGUAACUGGAACAUUGUUUUAUGCAUGCAAUGCCGUGACAGGUGUGAAAUUGAACAAUUCUUGGUAUGUGGACAGUGGUUGUAGUAACCACAUGACUGGAGAUGAAAGGCUGUUGAUAGAUAUUCGAAGGGAUGUAACUUCCAAGGUGAAAAUGGGGACUGGAGAGACAGUUCAAGUUGCAGGAAAAGGCACACUUGUGAUAGAAACCAAGACAGGCAGAAAACAUAUUCAAGAAGUGAUGUUGGUGCCUGGUUUAGAAGAGAACUUGCUCAGUGUUGGUCAGAUGAUGGAACAUGGGUAUUGUUUAGUAUUUGGAAAGGGAAUGGUGACAAUUUUUGAUGAUUGGUCACUGCAAAAUCCUAUAGCUAAGAUUCCAAUGACUACCAAUAGGUGUUUCUCUCUCACAAUGGUACCUGCUACUCAGUUGGUGCUGAGAGCAAGUGUGACUCACAGUUUGCAGACUUGGCAUAAAAGGCUGGGCCAUCUUAAUGAUCAAAGCAUCAGGAUGCUGGCAAAUCAAGACAUGGUUCAUGGACUGCCUAGUCUGGAGAAGGAUUUUGCAGUUUGUGAAGGCUGCAAGCUGGGAAAGCAGCAUAGAGACUCAUUUCCUGCAGAAUCUACUUGGAGAGCUCAGUUUCCACUUGAAUUAGUCCACACUGACAUCUGUGGUCCUAUGCAGAUUGCAUCAAUGUCAGGAAACAGAUAUUUCCUGUUAUUCAUUGAUGACUAUACAAGAAUGGCUUGGGUUUAUUUUCUCAGAAAUAAAUCUAAUACUUUUGAAUGUUUCAAGAAGUUCAAAGCAAUGACAGAACUGCAAAGUGGACACAAGGUGAAAUCACUUAGAAGUGACAGAGGUGGAGAAUUCAUGUCAAAUGAAUUUCUUGCAUACUGCAGUGAGGCUGGGAUACAAAGGCAGCUGACUGUAGCUUAUUCCCCUCAACAAAAUGGAGUUGUUGAGAGGAAGAACAGGACUGUAAUUGAGAUGGCAAAGUCUAUGCUACAUGAAAAAAGACUUCCGUAUGAGUUUUGGGCAGAAGCUGUUCUUACAGCAGUCUAUCUUCUCAACAGGUGUCCCUCUAAGUCUCUUAAGAAAAUGACACCAUUUGAGGCCUUCACAGGAAGAAAGCCAGGUAUUGCACACUUGAAAGUGUUUGGAUGUCUAUGUCAUGUGCUUAUUCCUUCUGUUUUGAGACACAAGUUGGAAGAAAACAGUCAAAAAUGCAUCUUUGUGGGCUAUGGAUUGUGUGAAAAAGGCUAUAGACUGUAUGAUCCUAAGACUAGAAAGAUUAUCUUGUCUAGGGAUGUCUAUUUUGAUGAAGAAGCCUCAUGGAAAUGGGAGAAUCCUAGCAAUGCAGAUGUGAGAGUGCCUAUGCCAGAUGGAAAUUUAGGUACUGCAGAAACUGAACAGAGGGUAUUAGAUGAUCAACCUCAUUUUUUGGAUACUCAAAUGCAGAUGGAAGAAGAAAUUGCACCUCAAGGGGAAGAAAUGCUUGAUGAGACUCAAAGGUUUGAUCACACACCUCACAAGUGGAGGAGUAUUAAUGACAUCAUGACACAAUGCAACAUGUGCAUUGUAGAACCUGACAGCUUUGAAGAAGCAGAUUUGGAUGAAUCAUGGAGAAGUGCAAUGGAGGCUGAACUCGAGAUGAUUAAGAAGAACAAUACAUGGAAAUUAGUUGACAGGCCAUUUGACAAACCAGUAAUUGGUGUUAAGUGGAUCUACAAGGUCAAACUGAACCUAGAUGGUACUGUGCAGAAGAAUAAAGCUAGGCUUGUGGCUAAAGGCUAUUCACAGAAGCCUGGAAUCGACUAUAAUGAGACAUUUGCCCCUGUGGCAAGACUUGACACCAUCAGAACCUUGAUAGCCCUUGCAGCACAAAAGGAAUGGAACCUAUUUCAACUGGAUGUGAAGUCUGCCUUUCUCAAUGGCAUUCUAAAGGAGGAAGUUUAUGUUGAACAACCUCAAGGAUAUGUUCAAGAGAGCAAGGAAACCAAGGUGUACAGGUUGAACAAGGCUCUAUACGGACUGAAACAAGCCCCAAGGGCCUGGUAUGAUGAAAUAGAUGCCUAUUUCAACACUGCAGGUUUUAAGAAAAGCUUAAGUGAAGCUACUCUCUAUAUCAAGACAAGUGACACCUCAGGUAUUAUCAUUGUCUCACUCUAUGUAGAUGACAUUAUAUAUACUGGAAGCUGUCCUAAAAUGCUUGAAGAGUUUAAACAAGAUAUGAUGCAACACUAUGAGAUGACAGACUUGGUUUGGAAUGAGAGACUGCAAGUCAGUGGCAAUCCAUUAGUGGUGAAUGAGAAACUGUGUAGAGAAGAUGGAAGUGAAGCAGCAGAUGAAAGUGAAUUCAAACAAAUUGUAGGGAGUCUGCUUUAUCUGACUGCCACAAGACCAGAUGUCAUGUUUGCAUCUAGCUUGCUUGCUAGGUUUAUGCACAAUCCCUCAAAGAAACACAUGGGAACUGCUAAACGGGUGCUGAGAUACAUACAAGGCACAUUAGAUUUUGGAAUUGAGUUUGCAAAGGGGAAAACAGCUACUCUAAUUGGGUAUUGUGACAGUGACUGGGCUGGGAGUGAGGAUGAUAUGAGGAGUACCUCAGGAUAUGCCUUCACACUAGGCUCAGGCAUGUUCUCUUGGGCUUCCAUCAAGCAAAACACAGUUGCUUUAUCUACAGCCGAAGCUGAAUAUGUGAGUGCUGCAGAAGCAACUUCACAAGCUAAGUGGCUCAGAUUUGUGCUUGAAGAUUUUGGUGAAGAACAGGUAGAAGGGACUCCAAUUCUAUGUGACAACACCUCUGCAAUUGCAAUGGCAAGGAAUCCAGUUCAUCACCAAAAGACAAGACACAUCAGCAGGAAAUUUCAUUUUAUAAGGGAAGCCAUUCAAGCAAAAGAAAUUGAACUGGUGUACUGCAAGACAGAAGAUCAGAUAGCAGACAUUUUGACUAAGGCUCUGCCUAAGGAUCGGUUUGUGAGGUUGAGAAGCUUGCUUGGAGUGAAAUCAGCUAAAGGAUUAGAAGGGAGUGUUGAAAUAUAA